AUGUCUGAGGGAGCCCAAGAUGGAGUCAGGAGUUUUGCAUCCAGCCACGAUGGGGAGGCAAACGAGAAAAGCUACUGGCUCAACCGUUAUCAGAGGCCCGCGGGAGACGGAAGUGAGAAAAAAGAGAGGUCACCCCGAAAGAGCGAAACUGGGUUUUCCGACUGCAGAAAGACUCUGAUGUCCAUUUCCAGUCACGGCGGCCUGGGCAACGACGCGUUAGAACUAGUUGACGUUGAAGACGAAGGCCCUGCUGUUCGGACUUGCAAGAUCCCGGAUCCUUCCGCUCUGUUUGUGCUCCAAGUAAAAUCCAAGCCCAUCGACUUCUCCCUGGCGAAGGACCUAAAAAUCCUUUUGUUCGGCUCCAGCCUUGGCUGCUUCAGCGAGGAGUGGAAAAUCCAGAGCUUCGUGUUCAGCGACGUCCCAGAACUGAAGUACGGCAUCGUGCAGAAAAAGGGGGGACCGUGCGGAGUGCUGGCAGCUGUCCAGGGUUGUGUCCUGAGACGUCUUAUCUUCGGAGGCAGCGGCAGGAUCGGCGGCGAUCCUUGGACUUUUGUUUAUAGAAUGGAGUUGUGUAAUGAGAAGUGGACUGGGACAUUUACUGUUGACGUUGAAGACGAAGGCCCUGCUGUUCGGACUUGCAAGAUCCCGGAUCCUUCCGCUCUGUUUGUGCUCCAAGUAAAAUCCAAGCCCAUCGACUUCUCCCUGGCGAAGGACCUAAAAAUCCUUUUGUUCGGCUCCAGCCUUGGCUGCUUCAGCGAGGAGUGGAAAAUCCAGAGCUUCGUGUUCAGCGACGUCCCAGAACUGAAGUACGGCAUCGUGCAGAAAAAGGGGGGACCGUGCGGAGUUCUGGCGGCCGUCCAGGGCUGUGUCCUGAGACGUCUUAUCUUCGGAGGCAGCGGCAGGAUCGGCGGCGAUCCUUGCAAGAACCUCCAUCCUUCAGAAGCCCAGAGGACCGAAUGCCUCGCUUUGGCUCUCGCUGAUAUUUUAUGGCGCGCCGGUGGCAGCGAGAAAGCCACAGUUGCCUUGUGCACCGGAACACAGCAGUUCACCCCUGCAGGGAAAUACAAAGCUGACGGGGUCCUGGAAACGGUUAUGCUUCACGUGGUCACAAAAUACGAAGACCUGCUGGGCUUCCUACAACAGAACAUUUACAAGUUUGAAGCCGGACCGCAUGGGGCCAUUCUUCUGACGCUCUCGGCGAUACUAUCGAGAUCCAUCCAUCAAGUUCGGAGAGAUUUUGAUGUGACCACGAACCGAUUGAUUGGUGCCCACGGAUAUUGUACGCAGGAGCUGGUGAACCUGCUGCUGACAGGCAAAGCCGCGUCCAACGUUUUCAACGAUGUCAUCGAGCUGGACUCCGGAAAUGGCAACACCACGGUUUUAAAAGGCGUUUCCGGCCGGAGCGAGGUUGGCUUGCUGUCCCUGUUCGAGCACUACGACGUCUGCCAGGUCGGCUGUUAUUUGAAGACCCCCAAAUUUCCCAUUUGGCUGGUGUGCAGUGAGAGUCACUUCAGCAUCCUUUUCAGCACGCGGAAGGAUUUACUCGGGGACUGGAAAACAGAGCGGCGCUUUGACCUGUAUUACUACGACGGCUUGGCCAAUCAGCAGGAGGAGAUCCGCCUCACAGUCGAUACGUCUCAGCCUUACCUUGAAGACCAAGAGAGUGACCUUGUCCCACCGUUGGAACACUGCAUUCGGACCAAGUGGACAGGCGCCGUUGUGAACUGGAACGGGACAGAACCCAUCCUGUGACCCGGCCCGACCGAGAGCAAACCCAGUUCCCAUGCUUGGAGGAAGCCGCUCUGGCUGCUGCACCGUCUUUUGUUGCCUGCGAUGGGACAGGAUGACAUGGGAGGGGAGGCGGCACGGUUUCAUGCGGGGCUUCGCCCAUUGUGUUCGCAGCAGAGGCCCAGAUCUGGAGCCGCUUCCCUUUCUUGAGUACAGCGUGUGAAAGCAGAGGAGCAACCUUGACAGCCAAAGCAGGCCGCGGAUGGGGGAGAGCAGUAAAUCUGUCGACGGCUCCAUUUCGGCCUCCACUCCUUUGUGUCCUGCCAUUGUAUCCAAAGGAUCAAGCAAACAAUGCCGACUUCGCCUUCUCUUUCUCGUUCAGCCUUGGCCCAUUUCCCGCCAUCUCCAUUCUAAAUCGAGGCAAACCGUAGCGUAGACGAGAAACGUGGAAGGAAUCCUUUUCCCCAGCUGCGUUUCUGUCAGGCUCCCCAAACAUUUUGGACCGACCCGAUUUGGCAUCAACUCCUUGUUCUGGAUACUCGGAGUUCUGGAUAACUGCGGGGGGGACUCAAACGUGAUUGUGUCGCGCUCUUAAUGUCACUGGUAUUUCUUUCCUUUUGUGGGCCACACGGUAUUGCUGGCGAGGAGAGUCACAGUUUACCCUUCUGACGGUUUAAAAUACGAUAGCGUAAGUGUGCUAAGAAAGAAAACAAGUCCUGAUAAGGAGGAUAAAAAAAACUUUGAAGCGAGAGAAGGAGGUCACAAGACGUUUGCCUUUUUGUAUGUAUGUUUCCCCCCCUCCCCGAGGAAUUUCCCACAACCACCCUUGUCUAUAUAGUCUGUUAGAACUUGGGAUAUUAGUAGAAGCUUCUUUUAUCCCAUAAUUUCCCCACCACUGCUGGUGAACCCCAUUGAAAGGGGCAGGGAAAUGGAAAACGUGCACAGGGUGCGUACACAGAGAAGGGGUGUCAGAGAAUUUGUUGUAGGGGUACCAAUCCCGUGGUUAACAUGACGUCUAGUGAGGCUUCAGUCCGAGGGAACAUUCUGCAAAAUGCUAUGCUCUCGAAAACAUUUAUAAAACAGAAAAGGAAGUCAGACAGAGGUGAGAUGUCUUCCUCCUUUGCUUGCUCAGGUUUCACCAAUGACCUUUCCAGCGGCGGGCCAGCAGAAGAGUCCACCAUCUUUGGUUGAUGGGUUCUCAGUCUUUCUUUUGUAAGUCUACCCAGUUUCAUCUCCCAAGUAGAUCACGAGUCCUCGUGGCCUGUCGGCAGGUAGCGUUUGAGCCGUACUCUUGUUUUGGUAGUGUUAUUUGCGGAGUUGCGGGUUGGGGAGGGGCGGAGACCAGAUCCUACACCCCCCACCAGUGCCUUAGAGCUUCAGCAAUGAAAUUUGCCAACAACUGUUUUAGCUACGUUUUGCCUAUGGUUUUGCGUCUUGUUAAUUAGAACAAAAAAAAAGCACAAUAUUUAUGAGCAUUAUUUUCAAUAAAAUGUUGUUUGGAUAA